AUGCUUCGCUUAAAAACUGUCUCGUCGCUAUUGGUUUACGGAGCUGGAACACUCGUUUUUUUAGUUUUUAUUCUUCAUGUUUUUACCCCAGCAUAUCAACCAUCUGACAGUGAAAAAAAAGAUUUAGCUCAACAAGAUAUUGGUGAUUAUUUUUUACGACAAAAUGGCAAGAAAAAUAAAGCAACAACUACAACAUCAUCAUCUGGAUUAACGACGAUACCUCCACCACUUAAUGUAGAAUGUCCUAAUAAAGAAUUAACUGUUGAACAAUAUCGUAUUCGUUCAUUAGUACGUGGUGUUAUUGUUCGUUUUCCAUCGUUCAGAUCAAGUUAUUAUUUUGUACAAUUUCGUUGGUUUUAUCGAAGUUGGAUUGAAGCAGAAAUGUUUACACUUGAUCGUUGGCGUACUGACAUAAUAGUUAUUAUUGAUGAUCAUUUUUCAAGUGAAACACGAAAAUCAUUAGAACAUUUAAAUUGUCAUGUAGAUAAUAAACGAACAGCUCGUCGACAAACAUCACGAUGUAUUAUUGUUAUUCAUAAAUCAUUUGCCGAACGAUCUGAAAUUGAACGUCAAAUAUAUGGUAUUAAAUAUCAACAACUUAAUCGAACAACUAAACUUCAAGAGAAUGUUGAUCGUAUAUUUGCUAUACAUGAUUGUGUAAGUCAAUUAAAUAAUAAUAAUCAAACAAUGUAUGAUUUUAUAAUGGUAACAACUAUGAAUACAUUUUUAACAACACAAUUUGGAAAAUAUGUUCCAGUAAAAUGUGCAUUUCUUCUUGGUAGAUCACCUGAUUAUUCAACAUGGUUCGGUCAAACAGAUCAAAUUAUUGAAUUUACUCAUACUUUAUUACUAACUUUAAAAAGUCCAUUUAGAACUCGAAAAAAUGAUACAACAGAUUUUCCAGCAACAGUAGAACUUUUACAAGAUAAAUUUCUUUUUACAGAAAAUCAAGUUGAUAUACCGUGUGAUUCAAAGAUUACGACAUAUCGAACAUAUGUUUAUCUUAUAAAAUGUUAUGCACAUUCGACAAGUUUAUUUUCUGAAAAAAUGUUUCGUCAAAA